CAUGUCCCUCAAGGUUAUCGUCGCAGCGUGUGUGGUAGUGGUGGCGGUGGCCGACCAGGCUCCUGUGUACCACGCCCCUCCUGCCUAUGGCCCACCUCCCUCCUACCACGCCCCCGACCCCUACCACGCCCCCGACCCCUACCACCAGCCCGAGUACCCAGAGGUUCCCCCCAAGUACGCCUACAACUACGGCGUCGCCGACGAAUACUCCGGCGCCAACUUCGGUCACACUGAGACCCGCGACGGCUACAAGACCGAGGGCAGCUACACGGUGGACCUCCCCGACGGCCGCAAGCAGACCGUCACCUACGUGGACAACGGCGACGGUCUGGAGGCCGUGGUGACCUACGAGGGAGAGGCCCAGUACCCUGAACACAAGCCUUCCUAUCCCUCACACCCCGCCCCUUACGCCCCUCCACCACCAGCCUACGAGCCCGCCCCCACCUACCCAGCUCCCCCAGCCUACGCCUAAGCCUCUAUUCUCAUAUAGACAAAAGAUUUCAACCAACCAACCAUCAGAAGGAUUGUUGACAUCACCCCAUGAUGGUUUGUUUAGUUGUGUAUAUUUCAUACUAUUUAUAAUGCAGUGAUAUGAAAUUAUUAUAUUUUAUCAGGUAA